AUGACUCCAAACAAUUUCGAUAAGAUUACAGUCCAGAUCUUGGACAUCAGCUCUCAAUCCAAAGACGAGUCUGAUGGCAGAACCUUACGGCAGGUCAUCCAGCUCACGUUCGAGAAGGCAACUGAUGAAGCACAUUGGGCGGAGAUGUACGCGCAGUUCUGCAAGCGUAUGCUUCAGUCUAUGAGUCCCGAGAUCAAGGAUGAGAACAUUCUUGACAAGAAAGGCGUCGUCCAUGGUGGUGCGCUCUUCCGAAAGUACCUGCUCAACCGGUGCCAAGAGGAGUUCGAGCGUGGUUGGAAAUUGGAUCUUGGUGACAAGCCAGAAGGCGAGACGGAAGAAGCAAAGAUGCUGUCUGACGAGUACUACAAAGAGGCUGCCGCCAAGCGACGUGGUCUGGGACUUGUACGUUUCAUUGGUGAACUCUACAAACUUGGCAUGCUCACAGAACGCAUCAUGCACGAGUGUGUGAAAAAGCUUGUCGACUACGAGGGAAUGCCAGACGAGGCUGAGGUGGAGUCGCUCACCAACUUGUUGAGGACUAUUGGCCAGCCCCUGGACAGCACCACUAAUGGACCUAAGAUGAUGGAUGCCUACUUCAUGAAGAUCAAUGAGAUGAUCGUAAUCGAGGGACUACCAAGUCGAUUAAGGUUCAUGCUUAUGGACAUUGUUGAUCUCCGCAAGAAGAACUGGCUUUCCAAGGGUGGUGUUCUCAAGGGCCCUACAACACUCGAGGAAGUGCGAGUUCAAGCUGUUCAAGCAGAACGCGAGAAGGAUAUGCAACGCCAGCAAGACAACUCGCGAAGGGGAGGAGGUGGCGGUGGUCGCCCACCCAUAGGCCGCGGCGACGCCCGAAAUUUCUCAGGUGGAGCUCAGUAUGGCAUGAUGCCACCACCAGACUACCACAAGAACACGGUUGGCAUGGACGAUCUUCGAAGACUGGGCAGCAAAGGCGGUUCUCGACAAGUCAGCUCUCAAGGCCAACCUACGUUUGGCCCUACUUCCAUGUUCGGUGGGCCAAGAGGAUCGAACACUCGAAGACCAGGAAUGGCUGGUGCUCAGAAAGACGACUCUGGUGCGUCAAGUCGGACAGGUACUCCGCCAGCUCAGAAGGAGAAGAGGGAAAAGGAAGAGAAGGAAGCCGCGAAAUCCGCAAAUACAUUCAGUGCUCUUGCAGGAUUGGAGUCUUCAGAAGCCGCCGACCCAACCUCUCCCCCGUCCACCUCGCCACCGACCGCCAAUGCUCAACCAGUUGAGCGCCAACGAACGAAGUCCCCCAAGGACCGAGAAUCGGCGGAAGGCGGCAAGGAUGCCGAAACAUCAUGA